AGUAAACGUCCGCCAUUUAAAACAAGUAAACGGUUGAACUGUUGAAUUGGUAAAUCUCGGAAAAACCAAACAAUUGCAAGAUGGAAAACGAUUUAAUAAUACAAGGGCCAAAUUACUGGCGUCUCCAACUUCCAACACCAAACCUGGUAUACUCAUGGGGAGGAGACUCAUUAUUUGGCAUUUUGCUAUCUUUGGAAUGGUUAAAUAGCUUGAGCCUGCAACAACAAACACCAAACCUGGUACAUCCAAGGGGAAUACACUCAUUAUUUGGCAUUUUGCCAUUUUUGGAAUGGCCAAAUAACCAAGAUUUGCAAAUACCAACACCAAACCUGGUUUUUCCAAGGCCAUGGAACUCAAUAUUUGGCAUUUUGCAAUAUUUGGAAUUGCAAGAUAUUGAACAAGAUGGGAUUGACAACACUGACCACUUUGUAGCCUAAGUAGCUUCUAUAUCUAUAUUAUCGAAGCAACAGAAAAGAACGACGGUCACAAUUUCGAUUUACUCAAGUCGUUUUCCA